CUGCGCAAUGUUCAGUUCCGUUCGGACGCUUGACCGUGGCAGUUCGUGGUUGCCUGGAACCAGAAGCUAGCACGUCUCCGGAUUCCUGCCAAGAAGUGUAGGAUUGUUUUAAAAUAGUCAUCACCAGCUGUAGGGAAAGUUCAUCGUUUUGUAUGCCGAGUGAGCCUACAGGCAGUAGUUUCAAGAGAAAAUCGAGAAAAAGGAUAAUAGUAUACGACAACCCGUAUCCAACCAAGAUGGCAACUAAGAGUGGACAGUACGUGAGAACAAAUACGAACGGCAUGCAGAGCCAACCAUUGGACGUGGCCAUCGUUGGCGGAGGAUUGGUUGGAUCCCUGCUGGCGCUGCAUCUGGGCAAGAAGGGUCACGAAGUGAACCUGUACGAGUACCGAGAAGACAUACGCACGGCCGAGCUGGUCAUCGGACGCAGUAUCAACCUGGCCCUAUCGGCACGUGGUCGGCGUGCGCUCGCCGAGGUCGGCCUAGAGGAAGCCCUGCUCGGGCAUGGUAUUCCGAUGUCGGGCCGGAUGCUACACGAUCUGAGCGGCAGCCGGAAGGUGGUUCCGUACGAUGCCAACACCAACCAGUGCAUCUACUCCGUUGGCCGAAAGCACCUGAACGAGGUGCUCCUGAAUGCCGCCGAAAAGUACCCGAACAUUCAUCUACACUUCAAUCACAAGCUGGUCGGUGCGAACUUGGACGAGGGAGAUUUGUCGAUGGUCGACCCCGCGACGAAGGAAGUGAAGAGUGCCAAAGCGGAUCUGAUUGUUGGCUGCGAUGGCGCGUUCAGUGCCGUCCGGAAGGAGAUCGUCAAGCGACCCCGGUACGACUUCAGCCAGACGUACAUCGAGCACGGUUACCUGGAGCUCUGCAUUCCCCCGACGGCGACCGGGGAGUUCGCGAUGCCUCACAACUACCUCCAUAUCUGGCCACGAGGAAAGUUCAUGAUGAUCGCACUGCCGAACCAGGACCGCACCUGGACGGUGACGCUGUUCAUGCCGUUCACCCAUUUCCACAGUAUUACCGAUGCGGACGCUCUGCUGGAUUUCUUCCGGCAGUACUUCCCGGAUGCGAUCGAUUUGAUUGGGCGCGAGCGACUGAUCAAGGACUUCUUCAAGAUCAAACCCCAAUCGCUGGUGAUGAUCAAGUGCAACCCGUACCACGUUGGCUCGAAGGCACUUAUCGUAGGCGAUGCAGCUCACGCCAUGGUGCCGUUCUACGGGCAGGGCAUGAACGCCGGCUUCGAGGACUGCACGGUACUGUCGGAGCUGUUCAACAAGCAUGGCAGUGAUCUGAGCCGUAUUUUACCGGAAUUCAGUGAAACACGCUGGGAAGAUGCACAUGCCAUUUGUGAUCUUGCGAUGUACAACUAUGUUGAGAUGCGCGAUCUGGUCACCAAGCGAUCGUAUCUGCUGCGGAAAAAGCUGGACGAGUUUCUGUUCUGGCUGAUGCCGAACACAUGGGUCCCACUCUACAACUCCGUGUCGUUCUCCCACAUGCGCUACAGCAAGUGCAUCGCCAAUCGUGCCUGGCAGGAUAAGAUUCUCACCCGCGUCCUGUACGGAGCUACAGUAGCAUCGAUCGCCGCCAUCGGUACACUCACCUAUCGACAUCUGACUGUGAGUCACCUCGAACGGCUGUCGUCGUCCGUGUUGUCCGCCUUUCAGUUGCUGAAAUCCUAAUAAAUAUUCCCCUAUCCCUACUCAACCGCUAUACUAUUAGAUGAAUGAUAUCAAUAUAGGUUU